GGGGCGGUGCCGGUUGCGGCUCCUCCCGCGGCCGCUCGGGGUCUCGGGCGGACCCCGCGGGGCGGUGGGGGGGGGACUCUCGGCGACCCCCAUGAAGCGCCGGAGGAUGAACAAGCUCUACAUCGGCAACCUCAGCGCCGCGGCCACCGCCGAGGACCUGCGGCGGCUCUUCGGGGAGAAGCAGCUGCCGCUGAGCGGGCAGGUCCUCCUCAAGCCCGGCUACGCCUUCGUGGAUUACCCGGACCAAGCCUGGGCCGUCCGCGCCAUCGAGACCCUCUCGGGGAAAGCGGAGCUGCAUGGCAAAGUGAUGGAGGUGGAUUAUUCCGUGCCUAAAAAGCUCAGGAGCAGGAAGAUCCAGAUCCGAAACAUCCCCCCGCACCUGCAGUGGGAGGUGCUGGAUGGCCUCUUAGCUCAGUAUGGGACAGUGGAGAAUGUAGAGCAAGUCAACACAGACACAGAAACAGCCGUUGUCAACGUGACCUACGCAACUAAAGAAGAAGCAAAAGUAGCAAUUGAGAAGCUGAGCGGCCACCAGUUUGAGAACUAUUCCUUCAAGAUUUCCUACAUCCCGGAUGAAGAGGUGAGCUCCCCUCCGCCCCCGCUGCGAUCCCGCCGCGGGGGCCACUCUUCCAGGGAGCGGGGCUCUUCCCCGGGGGGCUCCUCGCAGCCCAAACAGCUCGAUUUCCCACUGCGGAUGCUGGUGCCCACGCAGUUUGUUGGUGCGAUCAUAGGAAAGGAGGGCUUGACCAUAAAGAACCUUACUAAGCAAACUCAGUCCAAGGUUGACAUCCAUCGGAAGGAGAAUGCUGGUGCCGCUGAGAAGCCCAUCACCAUCCAUGCCACACCAGAGGGGUGCUCUGAAGCGUGUCGAAUGAUCCUUGAUAUCAUGCAGAAGGAGGCCGAUGAAACCAAAUCAGCAGAAGAGAUUCCCUUGAAAAUCCUUGCACACAACAGCCUGGUGGGGAGGUUGAUCGGCAAGGAGGGCCGCAACCUUAAGAAGAUCGAGCAGGACACGGGCACGAAGAUCACCAUCUCCCCUUUGCAGGAUUUAACCAUUUAUAACCCUGAGCGGACCAUCACGGUGAAGGGCAGCAUGGAGGCAUGCUCCAAUGCCGAAGUGGAGAUCAUGAAGAAGUUGCGAGAGGCCUACGAGAACGAUGUGGUGGCCGUCAAUCAACAAGCCAACCUGAUCCCAGGAUUGAAUCUCAGCAGUUUGGGCAUCUUCUCAACGGGGUUGUCCAUGCUCCCAUCCACCCCGAGGGGGCGAGGGGCGGCGGCGGCUGCCCCAUACCACCCGUUUGCACAGCAGAGCGGGCGGAGGAGAACGAGCUCCUCACCGUACCUCUCCGGUCUGUACGGAGCCCCCCCCGCCGGCACCUUCCCCCAUCAGCACCCGCUGCCGGAGCAGGAGGUUGUGAACCUGUUCAUCCCAACGCAGGCGGUGGGGGCCAUCAUCGGCAAGAAGGGGCAGCACAUCAAACAGCUGGCACGCUUUGCCGGCGCCUCCAUCAAGAUCGCCCCGGCAGAAGGCCCCGAGGCCAGCGAGCGGAUGGUCAUCAUCACGGGGCCGCCCGAGGCGCAGUUCAAGGCCCAGGGGCGAAUAUUUGGGAAGCUGAAAGAGGAAAACUUCUUUAACCCAAAAGAAGAAGUGAAGCUUGAAGCCCACAUCAAGGUGCCUUCCUUCGCCGCUGGCCGUGUGAUCGGCAAAGGUGGCAAGACGGUGAACGAACUGCAAAACUUAACGAGUGCAGAGGUCAUCGUGCCGCGAGACCAAACCCCGGACGAGAACGAGGAGGUCAUCGUUAAAAUCAUUGGGCACUUCUUUGCCAGUCAGACUGCACAGCGCAAGAUCAGGGAGAUCGUCCAGCAGGUGAAGCAGCAGGAGCACAAACCCGCCGCGGGCGCCCCGCAGCACAGCAAGUGAAGCUCCGGCCGUGCCGCCCAGCGCCGCCCGAGGAAUGUACCCCCACAGCCGCUCCGGGGCGCGAACCAAAGACCCCCCUGAGCCCCUCGUCCCGCUCCGGGGCGCUGCCGGGCUGCGCAGCGAGGGGCACGGCCAGGGCUCUCCCACCCCGGCGCCUCCCGACGCCACCCUUUUAGUUGGACUAACAUAGGCAGAGAGAGAGAGAGAGAGGUUUGCUUAAGUUUUUAUUUCCCCCAAGCCCACCCGUUCUUCCCCCCGGCGCGGCCCGAGGAGCUCGCCCGACGCGAGGUGGGGGCUGCGGCGGUCGGCGGGGUUCGACUGAAUCCAUCGAUAACGAGAAUAACGCCGGGUUUUUAAGUUUUCUAAGGGUUUUUGGGUUUUAAUUCUAUUUUUUUUUUUAAUUUCAGGGUUGGUGGGAGGUUUGGGCUCAGCACAAGUGGGUAUUUUAGGUGAUUUAAGGAAAGGAGCUCGUCCAUUGGUUCUCGGUAGUGGAGCAGGGAGGCAGGAGCGCCAGCAGGGGAGGAAGGGGAUGAAGGAGCGUUAAAAAGCCAUUUCUUAAGGGCUUCGAGCAGAGCAGUGCCUGUAUGAGCCAGCGGAAGGGAUGCCACCUCCUAACAGAGGAAUCUCUCUUUCCCACCCCUUUUCCUCUUUGCUUCAGAGUCCAAAAGCAGGGUUUGCACCCCUUUUGUCCCCCCCUUUCUCUCUCUCCAUCACUGCUUAUCGCCACCGUCCCCGGAGCAGCAGCCCCGCCUUGGGCAGGGAUCCUUGGGGAAGGAUUGCAGGGAGAGGAGGGAAAACCCCACAUUCAGAAGAGGUUGGGAAAACAACCAGCAAAAUUGGUUUCAAAUUCAAGCUCCCCCCGGACACAAAAACUACCUCAGGUUCUCGUACCUCAGCACCUUGCGCUUGUGUUUCCCCUGUAGAGGUUUUUCUAUGCCUUGUAAAAGUGAGCGUUGGAGCAUUUUUUUUUUCCGAUUAUUUUUUUAAUUAAAACAAGAAAAAAAAACGGGAGUUGGAGAAUGGUCUCGACCAAGGCAGCUGCGAGGCGGGAGGAGGACACCAGCCCGCGCGUCCCAGAGCUCUGCUCCUUCUGCUCGCUGAGGGCCAGUGGCCGGCGCUUCGGAGACAGCUGAGAAGCUAUUAAAAAGGAAAAAAAAAAAAAAAAGGAAAAAAAUCCAACAAAACCCAAAUGUAAAAAAAAAAAGGUAGAAAGGAAAAAAGCCAAGGAAAGGGGUGAAGCAAGAGG